AUGAGAAGCGUCGCAGCCCAUCGCGCGACCGUUUUCGUCGGAGAAGUCCGUCCGCGCAGUCCCAAGCGCAGUGCUGAGCGCAACCAGCGCCGGAAAGCGUCCACGAGCCCCCGUCGCCCGAGCCCGAGCAAGCGGUUGAGCCCUCCGCUGCGGUCGCGUGGGAGCCCGCGCAAGGCGGACAAGGAAAACACGGCGUCGACGAAUACCGCCGAGGCGCCGACCAAGAGCCGCACGAUCGACAUUCUCACGAACGACACCAAGCGCGGCCGGACGGGCGGCGUCUACAUCCCGCCGUUCAAGCUUGCGCAAAUGAAGAAGGACGAGAUGGACAAGUCGUCGCAGGAGUACCAGCGCAUGACGUGGGACGCGCUCCGGAAGAGCAUCAACGGUCUCAUCAACAAGGUCAACGUGUCCAACAUUGCCAACAUCCUCCCGGAGCUCUUCCAAGAGAACCUCGUGCGCGGCCGCGGCCUCCUCGUGCGCUCGAUCAUGAAGGCGCAGUUGGCGUCGCCCGGCUUUACCCACAUUUACGCGGCGCUUGUCGCCGUCAUCAACACCAAGAUGCCCGAGAACGGCGAGCUCCUCUUGAAACGCGUCGUGCACCGCUUCCGGCGGGCGCUCAAGCGUGGCGACAAGGUCGUCGCGAUUGCGCUCGUGCGCUUCAUUGCGCAUCUCGUCAACCAGCAGGUCGUCGAAGAGCUCCUCGCGCUCGAAGUGCUCACGUUCCUCUUGACGAGCCCGACCGACGACUCGGUGGAAGUCGCCGUCAACUUCACAAAGGAGUGCGGGCAAAUGCUCAACGAACUCUGCCCGGAAGGUCUCCGCGCGAUCUUUGAGCGCUUCCGUGGCAUCCUCCACGAAGGCGAGAUCGACAAGCGCGUCCAGUACACGAUCGAAGGACUCUUUGCGAUCCGGAAGGGCAAGUUUGCCGACUACCCAGCGGUCCACGAGCAGCUGGAUCUGGUCGAGGCCAACGACCAGAUCACGCACCAGAUGGGUCUCGACGACGAGGUGGAUGUCGAGGACAAGCUCGACAUUUUCCGGUUCGACCCCGACUUUGAAAAGAACGAGCGCAUGUGGAAGGAAAUCAAGAAGGAGCUGCUCGGCGAAGAUUCUGAAGCCGAAGACGGCGACGACGAGUCGGGCGACUCGGACGACUCGGACGAUGAGGAUGCGACCGACGCGGCGCCGACGACGCUGCAGAUCCACGACUUUUCCGAGCAGGACCUUGUGAACCUCCGCCGUACGAUCUACCUCACCAUCAUGUCGAGUGUGAGCCACGAAGAAUGCGCGCACAAGCUGCUCCGGCUCAACAUUCGUCCCGGGCAGGAAGUCGAGAUCUGCGGCAUGCUCAUCGAGUGUUGCUCGCAGGAGCGCACGUACUUGCGCUACUACGGUCUCCUCGGGCAGCGCUUUUGCCUCAUCCAGCGCGAGUACCAGAACGCGUUUGACGAUGCGUUCGCCAAGCAGUAUGCGACGAUCCACCGCCUCGAGACCAACAAGCUCCGGAACGUCGCCAAGUUCUUUGCCCAUCUCCUCUUCUCGGACGCGCUGCCGUGGACGGUCUUUGAGUACAUUCGCCUGAGCGAGGAAGAGACGACGUCGUCGUCCCGUAUCUUUAUCAAGAUCCUCUGCCAAGAGCUCGCGCAGCACCUCGGCGUCGCCAAGCUCAAGGAGCGCUUCAUGGACGAGUUUAUGGCCGCGACGUUCAGCGGGCUCUUCCCCAAGGAAAACCCGCGCAGCAUGCGCUUUGCCAUCAACUUUUUCACGUCGAUUGGCCUCGGCGGGCUCACGGUCGAGCUCCGCGAACACCUCAAGAACGCGCCCAAGGCCAUCAUGAACGCGCCGGCGCCGUCGUCGGACGACAGCAGCUCGGACAGUUCGUCCUCGGGCCGCAAGUCGUCGUCGUCGUCGGGGUCGUCGUCGUCGGGGUCGUCGUCCAGCGACAGCAGCUCCGACUCGAGCGAUUCGGAGUAG